AUGACAGCGGGAUAUCAUCAUGUGAUUCCGAGAAAGGAACCACGCCCAUGUACCGACAUUCUCCGACUGAAAAGUUUGAUCAGACUCAACAGUUCUCCUGCUCCGAAUAUAUAUGCGACGGCUGCGACUGGGUUCCUGAGGAUUCAGGCAAAUUCCCUCCUUUUUAAUACCUUCACGGAGUCCUCAACUCUUCACUCUGAUGGUGCCACGCCCCACUCCCCUGUAGAGUGUACCAGUACGAGGACAUUUGAGGACGCCGUCGAUCACGAGUCGGACAGGAGCGGCACAGAACUACAAGAACUUUUCGUUAUAAAACAGGAGAUAGACUGCCUUCAGGCCGAAUUAGAGGAUAUGAAUGAGAACGAUCUUCAUGAUUCGAACCUAGAAUGUCAUGGAGUAGAUGAUGGGAUGUCCGGGGCAAGUGUGCACCCCUCUUUACCACCAAUACAUCCCGUGGAAUACCUCAAUCCGACCAGCUCCAUCGUAUGCAGUAAACGACUUGAAGAAACUCUCGCAAAGGAUCGAGGUGGUCUACUAGAAAUUCCAGAACGUUUGGAUGGAAAAUUAGGAAGAAGUGAGGAGCCUCGAUAUGGCCGCUUACUCCUGACUACAUCUGCGCCUGCUGCUUCCUUGAGAGAAAUCAUGGAUUCCACAUUGACAAGUCUGAAAUCAUUCCUGCACACGGGCAGAAUAGUGCCCCACGAAUCACAAAAGCGUGUCGAUGUGGAGAAUUCAUUAUGCAUUGCCAAGGCGAAUGAAAGGGAAAUUUCUGCGAAAAGGCAGGACAUGACUGCUCUCUCACAACAUAUGCGGAGGAGAAAGCCGAGAAGAAAGCGGAAACUCAUCAGAUCGCAAUUUGGAAAUGCACGGAAGAGGUCUAUGCCUUCAGUCAACAGUGUGGAAUCGGAGGAGGCGAUGAACAGAAAAUUAGGAGAAACUCGAAAAAGGACUAUGUCAGUUGUGUCUACUACUUGUGAUUCUUCUAAAUCUUUCAAACUUGUAAUCCGACGAGAAAAAUCUUCUGAAUUCUCCAGGGUUCCAAUACUUGAACGUGAGGGAAGUCUCCUCUCAGUGAGCAGCGCUGCGGAGACUUGCUAUACGCAUGCGAAACAGAAUGGUCAACAACAACAACCAAGCUCGAGCUCAUCGGAAAAAGUGCCUCUCCGCUCUCCUAUCCGUAUCAAGAUUGCCCCACUGAAGGCGCCUUCAACAAGCUGUCCUUCGACCCUUGAAAAGGAUUCGUACGACCGCGCGAAGUGGAAAUCUGCUGAGCAAACCUUAUUUGUCGAUGUCAACGAACCCUUUUUGAGGGUGGUGAAAACUGAGAUCGACAGUGAUAAUGAUAUGGUCGGUGUUCAUGAGGAUAUGAGAAGUCCGGAGGUGCGAGAGUUCCGUCUUCGUAGCAUGGCAACGCUUGAAGAGGAAGCAUUAGUUGAAAGCUUGAGGAAACUGAUGGGUAUUCGUUUUGUUGACACUUCUCAUCCGUCAUGGUUCCGAAAAAGAUAUGUUCAAAGUUACAAAAUUCUUCAAAUGUCUUAUAAGCUGAGCGCAGCCAAAAGGUUUCAGGCAUACCAAUAUACACUCAUGCUGAUUGAGCAGAAUAGUAACACCCAGGAACUCAUGCUUGACUUGGAGAAUUUCCGUAGAUACAGAGAAGAGGAGCUUUCCCGCCUCAAACGACAGCUGGAACAUGCUAGAAGGAGUGCUACAGUUUCAGAAGAACAACAGUGGUAA